CGGCCCUCCCGGCGGCUCACCAGCGCCGGGGCCUCGAAAUAUGGCUGCGGCUGGAGGCGCCGUCGCGGCGCCCGGCCCGGGCGGCCCCGCUCCCCGCCCCGCCGCGCCCUGAGCGCCCCCUCCCCCGCUUCCCCCGGGUCCCCCUCUCCAGGCAGGAAGAUGUCCAAGCCCCGCGCGGUGGAGGCGGCGGCGGCGGCGGCGGCGGUGGCAGCGACGGCCCCGGGCCCGGAGAUGGUGGAGCGGAGGGGCCCGGGGAGGCCCCGCACCGACGGGGAGAAUGUGUUUACCGGGCAGUCAAAGAUCUAUUCCUACAUGAGCCCGAACAAAUGCUCUGGAAUGCGUUUCCCCCUUCAGGAAGAGAACUCAGUUACACAUCACGAAGUCAAAUGCCAGGGGAAACCAUUAGCUGGAAUCUACAGGAAACGAGAAGAGAAAAGAAAUGCUGGGAAUGCAGUACGGAGCGCCAUGAAGUCCGAGGAACAGAAGAUCAAAGACGCCAGGAGAGGUCCCCUGGCACCUUUUCCAAACCAAAAAUCUGAAGCAGCAGAACCUCCAAAAACUCCACCCUCAUCUUGUGAUUCCACCAAUGCAGCCAUCACCAAGCAAGCCCUGAAAAAGCCCAUCAAGGGCAAACAGGCCCCCCGAAAAAAAGCUCAAGGAAAAACGCAACAGAAUCGCAAACUUACGGAUUUCUACCCUGUCCGAAGGAGCUCCAGGAAGAGCAAAGCCGAGCUGCAGGUAGUCGCGUGCUUUAAAUUCCAGUUCGUGGAGGGGCAGGGUGGCCCACUGGACAGUGCUUGGUGUGUGUGUGUCCUGAGCCUUGUUUUUGUCAGCUUGGGGCAAGUCUCUGGACUUGGUUUUCUCCUGGAUCUCUCGGGGAUCCUCACAAAGCUUGUCGUGCCUUUCUGAUGGGGUCACUGCAGGGCUUGGUUAAGAUACUUGCGUGAAGGAACCUUGUGACUUGUGGCAUGUGGCAGGGAAAGCCCGGCGCAACUGUGAAGGUGGAUUUUCCAGGACUUGUUGGCAGAGCCAUUGGGAGCCUGGGACUGUGGGAAAGGCUGCCUGUUCUUUCAGAGGCUUUUCCUACCUGUUUUCUGGAAGUUUCCAUGUUGUGGCCCAGGGUGGUAAAGAGCAUUGGCUUGGAGCCACUUGCUGGUUGCAUAGCCUCGGGCCAGUCACUUACCCUGUCCAUGCUUUGGCUCUCCAGUCUGUAAAAUGGUACAAUAAAGUAGUACCUGCUAGGGCUGUGGUGAGCAUUCAGUAAAUGUGCUUGUGCAAGAGGAACGUUUAGAACCAUGCUUGACACUCAGUAAGUGCCAGCUAACUGUUACUAUCGCCACCACUGCUUCCUCAGCGUUGUCACUCCUGUCUGCUCUUUCCCAUGCUGCUGCCAUGCUAGGAGCCUGCAGACCAGUGAGCAGCACCGGCUGGCAGGCCGGCUGGCCUGUGCGGGCCUCUGCUGCCAUGUUUGCAGAGGGCUGAGCUAUGCAGCAGGCAGUCAAUAUGUGCUGCAGUGAGGUGUGGUUAUUGCUUUUCUGUGAAGGAAACCCAGGGUGUGGCAGGUCCCUCUGCUCUUCCCCCUCAGGGACACCUGGGGCUGCCCCUCCGCUCUCCCUCACCCCCACAGUGACCACCAGGUUGGGAGAGGCACUCAAGAUUGCAUCCUACACAGAGGUGGGGACCCAGCUUUGGCAGUUUCAGCAUUUCAACCCUCAUGCAGACUCCUUCAGUGUUCUUGAUGUUAAAUGUUCAGAUACACAGUGGUCUAGUAUUCUUUCUCUUUUUCUUUUAAUUGAUGAAGCUUCAUUAAAAAAAAUAAUAAAGUCCAUUUUCUUCCCCAAAGAGAGCAGCUUUGAUUUUAUUGCCUGAAAAAGGCAAUGUCUUUCAGCCAAGAAUGAGCUGUUUAAAACAUUUGCGG